AUGUUUUAUGAGAAAAAAAAUAAUUAUUUUAAAUAAAACAUUCAAAAACUGAUUGAAAAACAAAUGCCAGAAGAGGUUUUAUGGAAUGAGGAAGAAUUAAUCAACUUACGAAAUUUAAUAUCAAAAUAAAUUAUAAAUCAAUAGAGAGUAGACAUCAUAAUCUAAUAUAUCAAAUCAGACAAUUUGAGCAAAAAGAUUAUCUAUUAAAUUUUAGAUUGUUAAUUUAAAUCGAUUGAUGAAUUUUUAAAUUUGGUUGAUAUAUAUAGAUAAAAUUAAAAAUAAGACCCUUUCAUUGUUGAUGUUAAUACUGAUUGGAAUAAUGAGCAAAUUUAAAAUUUGUUUAGAGAAUUUUAAAAUCUAAAUUAUAUAAAUUAUAGAAGUAAUUAGGAUACAAAGGAAUUGCUUUUCUAAUUACAAAAUGAUUUCAACAAUUCAUAACAAAACCAAUAAAAUAUACCUAUUUAAUCAGAUUUUGUAGAAUCUUCAUCAUAAUUAGAGUAUCAAGAUUUACUAUAUUUAUGUAUGAACGUAAAAUAACUAUUUUCUUACUAUCCAAGACCAGUCAGUUAUUAUCAGUAAUAGAAUUAUUUAAUCAUUGUGAUAAUAAGGGACGUUUAGCUUAGAUAUAUACAGGAGAAGGGAAAACAUUAAUAGUUGCAAUGUUGUCUGUAUUAUUAUGUAAAAAGAAAAGAAUAAAUGUUGACAUCGUAACAAGUUCUCCUGUAUUGGCAAUAAGGGAUGCUAAAGAUCUGAGUCCUUUUUAUAGUUUAUUUAAAAUUACUGUAUCUCAUAAUAUAAAUGUGUCAGAAUAUAAAGAGGGAAUACUUCCUUGUUAUAAUUGUUAAAUCAUAUACGGAGAUACACAUAGUUUCUAAGCUGAUAUAUUAAGACAUGAGUAUUCAGAAUUAGGAACAAUGGGUAAUAGAUAAUAAGGAUAUAUUAUUAUUGAUGAAGUUGAUUCUAUGCUUAUUGAUGGUAAUAGUAAUAAGACAAUACUAAGUUCUCCUAAUCCAGCAAUGAUUGAUCUAACGAAAGUUCUUAGAUUGAUAUGGGAUGAAAUCUGUAAAGUAGAGCCAAAUCUUUUGAAAAAUAAAAGAAAAGUUUGGAUUGAAUCCACAAGAUAAGAUGGUAAUUUAACUGUUGAUCUAGAAGAAUAUAUUGAAAAUACACUAAAUAUUCAGUUAAAAGAUACUUUAAAAAAUUUUUUCCUUCCCUUUCGUUUAGAUUAUAUCCAUUUUAUGAAGAAAUUUUGGAUCGAAAGUGCUAUUUAAGCUAAAUUUUAUCUCCAAGAAGAUGUAAAUUACAAAGUUGAUAAAGAUAAAGUUAGAAUAAUUGAUUAUCAAAAUACAGGAGUAAUACAUAAAGAGAAUAUGCAUUGGUAAAAAGGAUUACAUUAAUUUAUUUAAUUAAAACAUUAGCUUUCUGUUAGUCCCUUAAGAAUUAGCACUAAUUUUAUAUCAAACAUUAGUUAUUUUAAAAGAUAUAAAAGUUAACUUUUAGGUCUAACAGGUACAUUAGGAUCAAAAAUGACUUAAAAUUUAUUAGCUAAAUAGUAUAAUGUAGACUUUAUAUUUAUGCCUCCCUUUAAAUAAAGCCUUUUGAAAUAAGAACCUGGAAUAGCAACUUUAAGUGAAGAGGAUUGGUUAGAUUAGAUUUUAUAGGUAGUUAAAUAAUAAAUGGAAAGAAAGAGGGCAAUUCUUAUUAUUAAUCAAACAAUAAAUGAUGUGAAUAAAAUUAAUAAACAUUUAGAAAAAUUUAAUCCAAUUACUUAUUUUGAUGAUAGUUAAGAAAUAAUAAGUAAAAUUAACCCUGAAACACUUAUUGUAGCAACAAAUUUAGCUGGGAGAGGAACAGAUUUAAAUACAAAUGAAGAGUUAGAAAGAAAUGGUGGUCUUCAUGUGAUUAUGUCUUUUUUGCCUAGAAAUAUUAGAAUCUAAUAUCAAGGAUUUGGUAGAACUGCAAGAUAAGGCAAGUAAGGCACAGCUUAAUUGAUUAUAAAUUUUAAAAACAAUCUGUAUUGUGGGUAAAUGACUAAAAUUCAAACAAUAGAAGAAGCUAUAGAUUAUUUUGAAAGGCAAACACAAAGAAAAUUUUCCACUUUAUUUGAUGUUUUAUAUGAGUUAAGAAACCAUAAUGAGUAAGAAUAUAUAAAUGAAAUUGAGAGGGAUAUGGAAAAAUUAUUGAAAGAAGACAGAUGCUUUUAAAAAUUCUAAAUAAUUGCAAAGAGAAAAGUCAAUAUCAAAGAAAACCGAGCUGCAUUUCAAGCUUUGGAGGAGAGAUGGGGUAUGUAUGUGGAUCAGUAUUAAGAAAAAGGACUAGAUGAAAACUAUAUAGAAGAAUUAUUGAAUUCAAAUGAAGUAGGAAAUCCUAAGUAUUUGGUGUUGUAAGGAUUAAACAAUUCUGAUUUCAAUCUAAUAAAUUAGGCAGCUGAAAUACAGAAAAAUGAUCCUUAUGCUUCCUUCUAUAAAGGUAUUGGUUAAAUAAGAAAUGAAGAUUAUCCAGGUGGAAUAAAGAGUUUGCAGUAAUCAAAAGAAAUGUUUUUAAAUAAAAUAGAUGAUGAGAAGGGAUUUGAAAUGGCAUCUAAAUUAAAUAGAAUGUAAAUAAAUUAAGUUUAGAAUUUGACUGAUGUUUAAAAUUCAGAUUAAUAAAAUUUAAUAUUACCUAAUUUAGAUUUCAAUAUAUAGAAUUGUCCACCUAUUUCUUUUGGUUUAUAAAAAAAAGACUUUCUUGAUGAAAAAAUAAAUAACCACAUAAAAGUGUAUUAAAAAGCUAUAAAUAACAUAGAUGAUAUGUUAAACACUUUAUAAAACUUCGAUUAAAAAAAUGAAGAACUUGAAUUAAGUUGGAAGCCAGUGAUAGAAGAAGAUGAAAAAUAAGAUGAAAAAUAAAAGCCUGAUUUAUAAUAAUCUAUAAAAGAUUAAGAAGAAGUUAUGUAAGAUGGACCUUUACCUGUGCUUUGUAAUUUAUUAAAAAGGAAGAAAAAAAGAAAAUGGUGGCAAUAUGUUGCAAUGUUUAUUUUAGGAUUGUGUCAAUUUUUUAUUGGAUGUUUCAUAUGUGCAAAAACUUGUGGAUUAGCAAUGCCUAUAGGAAGAGCUUUAAUAAAAGAAGGUAUUUCAGAUAUGGUAUAUGCAGUGACUACAGCUUGGUAAAAAUAAGAUAUUAAUUGGAGAAGUUGGGGAUAAUAGAAGGGAAUUACAAUAGCAACUACUUUGGCUUUUGCUGGACCUGCUGCCAUUAGUGAAGCUCUUAAAAUUGGUGGUUAAGGAUUUAAAUCUUUAUAAAAAAUGGGAAUCAAUGAUUUUUUGAAAUAAAUUCCAGCUGUUACAUCUGAGGGACUCCAAAAAGCAAUAUACUGGUUACCAAAAUCAUAAUAAAAUUAUAUCGAAGGUUAAUAUGAUACAUUGAAAUAAGUAUCACAAGUUGCAUCAAUUACUGAUAAUAAAUAAAACAUUCUUAGAUUGGCAGAAGAUAUCAUAUCAGAUUAAGUAUAAAGAAAAACAAUCACUUAAGAAACUGCCACAGAGAUCUAAGAUAUUGUUAAAUAAAACUUUGAAUAAUCUUAAGGAAGUACUGAAGCACUUUCAAAUUCCUUUAAUUAAAUAGCCAAAAAAUACAUUCGCUUCAAAAUGGCUCAAUCCAAAUCUGAAGAGGAUCCAAAAUUGUUUAAACAAAAUGGGGAAUAAAUUUUUAUUUAAAAAAGAGAUAAUGUUAAAAGGGAUAUUGAACAAUAUGAUCAACUUGAGAAGGAUCUUUAAUAGAAUUUAGAAUCAUUUUCUAAUAAUAUUAUGAAUAUUUAUUCAAACGACUAAUAUCUCCAAAAAUAUCUGACUGCCAUUGAAUUUUUUUAUAAAAGUUAAAAUAAUCUAAAAGCCCUUUGCAAAGAACUUAUGUAGAGCUUUCGUGCUUAGAAAAAAGAUUAUUAAAAAGAAUGUCAAAAUCUUUAAUUAACGGACCCAAAAUCAAACCAAGAAUUUUAUGAAAAAGUAAUUCGUCUUUCUAUUUAUUAAUUUUGUUAAAGUAAAACAUUGUAUGCAGAACCAUUAUAUCUAAUAUUCUUAAAAGAGUAUGAGAAUCAAUACAAUAUUCAAUUAGAGGAAAUCCAAAAAAUGAAAGAAGAAUUAGAUGAGCAAUCAAGAAUAAUUGAUUAAUAAAAAUAGAGUUAUAAUUAUUUAAAUGGCAAUGCAACUUAAUUAAACAGAGUAACAAUAUUAUUUAUUAUUAGUCAAUUGAUGAUUACAAUAACAAAAGUUAGAAUUUUAAUUAAUCAAAAGAUAGGCUUAGAGAAGUGAAUUAAUUUGAAUAUCAAUAAUUUGCAAAAAAUAUUAUUACCCACAUGUAUGAUAGAAAGAUCAUCAAUCAUGAUGGCAUAUCCUUUUCUGAAUCAUCAUUUAUGCAAGAGUUUAAUAUUUACUUAAAUAAAUAAAAUUAGAAGUAGAACGUGAUAUAAUUUGUUGAAAAAAUUAUAAAAAAUUGUUUUGAUUAAAUUGGUGUUUAUAAAUCAUAAAAGCAUAAAUCUAAAUUAUCAUUAGCAAUCAUAAUUGAAAUGCUUGAGGAAAUUGAAUAAUUCAUAUAUCAAUCAAAAUUGAAGGAUGCUGAUAAUAAGAUCAGGAAAAAAAUUUUUGAUUGA